AUGCAAAUGACCGGCUGUCUCAAAUGGCCAUCCGCCGAAGCCUGCCAAUUAUCAUCCAUAAUGGCGUCCCCGCGAUACCCAGUAUUGUGUCAGUGUAAUGCCGCAGCCUGCAGGACAGCACAGAAUUCGAGCGACUGAUUCACCCACCCUGGAUCCAACUUACCCCGGAAGCCCGAGCCAGAAACCCAAAACAUGGUUUGACCGGGCGAUACCGAUCGAGCCUUCGAGAGACCACGGUCGAUUGGAGCUUGUCCAAGAAGAAGACGAGACGCUCAAGCCGCCGCCGCAUCGAGCCAUCCCCAGCGCACAUCAGUCCCGUCGAUUCGCCUCCUGUCCUACAUGUACGAUGAUACAUCUUGGAGCACGCUUGGUGGGCACCAGCCGUCGCUGUUGCUGUGUCCCACAGACUACGAUUAGUUGGCCUCGUCGAUGGGCACAGAAGCCCGUGAAUGGAAGUUGGUCUCCUUCCUGUCGCGGAUCCGAUGAUGCGUGCCUCGUUCACUUUCCAUUUCGCAGCAAUUUGACGCUGUCGGCUCGGCUCCUCCCCCACGCCACCUGACUUGACUCACCGUAAGGAUACAGUGAGUUCUUGACCGAGUCUCCGAGACACAAUGGUCCAGCUGCGGGACAGGCCACUGUACA